UUUCAUCUGGGAAACAGAGCAGGACAUGUUAUUAAUCAGGGCAGCAGGGAGUCUUUCCGCAAGCGAAGGAUGAUGAAAAGUCAACAGAAAGGGGAAUCCUUGGAAAUAACACUGGAAUAAUGUACCAAACACGGACAGGAUUCGCCGGUCUGACAGGGAUGGCGACCGGAAGUCUUGCCCGGAGCAGAUCCGAGGGAUCCCUGAUUGACGUCGAGGAGGGCAGGUCUCGGAGAAAAAGCAAUAUCAGCACUGGGAUUUACAGUCUGACUCAGGAGGCAAAUCAAUCUGAUUGGCCAACCCUACGCAAUGACAUCCGGCGGACAAGCUCCCAAUCAACAAACCCAUUCUGGAGGGAGGUGUCUUGUUCGAACCCAUUUUUGAAUGAUAUGAGGCAUGCUGGUGUACAAGGAAGCAGUCCGCCAAUCAUCUUGCCCACUCGGAAAGAAGACGUCUUGGCUGCAUCCCGUGAUCAUGAUGACGAUAUCUUCAGCACAUCUUCUAAUGACACCAGUCUCAGCUUUCGUUGGGGUUCCAUGUUGGGGAUUGCAAAGGGAUGCUCACCUAGGUUGUGGAGCAAGUCUUUUCACAUGCCAGGUACCUUUCCAAGGAAGGAAUACCACAACGAGAAGGCAAGUUGGAGCAACUCCUAUAGUCGGUUCCUUAAUCCGGAUUUUGAAUUGUUGAAGAACGACAUGGACGCCUACAAAAUGGCAUGGCUGAGCCACAGACAGUUGACAAGGUCAUGCUUGGAUCUCGGCACGAUGAGGCGAAGUCCCGGCUGGGCCCAGACUCAAGCCACCGACACUCAGAUCAUCUGCAGGUUCAGCCACGCAGGUGGAUCCGUGUAUCUGCCUGAAUCCGACAUCAGCGCCCACAUCCCGGAAAGUCAUGUCAGUCCUGGCGAGCUUCAGGAGGUUGCACUGAAAGCCAUUUUUGAUCCACCACCAGGACUUAACGGUGACCUCUCGACCGCUGUAACUCCUCUCCUGGAGGUGAGCCUCAGUAACGUUGGUGCGAAGGGAGGCAUUUCACUGGAGAUGAAGGUAUCUGGUGAGGUCAAGUGUGACCCCAUCAGUCAGGUCAUGGCGGAGUUUGUGUGCUUGGUCAGCACACACAAAGAAGGCCCUUUUCAGAAGAUAAGAAGCUUCUACUUGUACAGGAACACCUUACAGGUGAAGCUUACUGAAUUGAAGCCGCGACUGUAUCUGAUUGCAGCCAUACAGGCUGCUGCGGUCCAGCCUCCAGCUACAUCUGUGUGGGACUUUAUUGAGAGAACCCUCACUAUUGGCAUUUAUGGACCCAAGCACAUACAUCCGUCCUUCAAGAUCGUCUGUGUGGUUUCCUGCCAGUGUCAAACUCCUCUGAAGCUUCCAUUUUCCAACAUCAAGCAGAGCAAUGCAAGCAUGCCACCCCUAGUGCUACAGCUCUGGGGAAAGCACCAGUUCAACCCAAAGGGUCUAAAGGAUCUGCUGAUCAUACCGGCGGUCAUGAAUUCGAGGUUCGAGGUGGUAUCUACAGAGAGGGUCAAGAGGGUGAACCAGACUCAUUUGAGUUUGGGCCAAGUGGUUCGCUUUCCAUUCUCAGUAUCCAAGUCUGGCUCCGGGCAGAUGGUGCCCUUCAAGGUGAGCAUCUAUGUGAAAGAUCCGGCUGGCCUCCCAUUGGCUGAAUUCCAUGUGACGUCGCCAAAGGUUGCUCCCCGAAAGUGGGGGAAGCACCAGGAGAGCAUGAAGCCUCCCAUUAUCUUGGAGGAAGCCACGCCGCAGCUCUGUGCAUUCCGGAAUGAGCCGGUGACGCCGCCACACUACGGUGUGGCCCUCAAGUCGGUCAUCAGGCAGCCACGGGUGGAGUAUCUUCUAGACUACUUCAAGGGCGACACCAUGGCUAUCCUCUGUGGCGAGACAGUGAGGUCGGUGGGCCUGCUGAAGGUGAAGGAGUGGUACAUAGGCCUCCUCCGUGGGCGGGUCGGCCUGGUACACUGCAAGAAUGUCAAAAUCAUCACCAGGGAGCAGGUGAUCGACUUUUCCGGGGCAGAGGUCACCACUCAGAUGCUCCUGGACAAUGUGGCUGCACCGUUCCGGAAGCUGACUUACAUGUACUCAGCUGUGCAGUCACUGGUUAUGGAGUGCGCACCCAGCUGGAGGGCCUUGGGCAUCGCCCUGGGGUACUCAAGCCGAAGCCUGGAAGAUAUGGUCCAGGGGCGUGGGGCCAAAUCUGAGACGGAAAGGAUGACCUGCGUCCUGGACAGGCUGAAGGAGGACUGCCACGAAGAGACGAUUGGGAAGAAGUUUCUUCACGAGCUGGCUGUUGGCCUUUUGAAAGUCGGCUGCUGCGGUGUGGUGUCCCGGCUCGCCCAUAACGCGGUGAUACUGUCGACGGCGGUGCAGCUGGGAGGGAGAUGGAGGGAGCUGGAGGUACAUUUGGCCAAGCUGUCCGGCACUCAGCUCUCCGUCUACGAGACCCCCCAAUGGAGCAAGAGAAGAGGAGUCGGCUGUCAGGCGACGUGGAAGCCCGCCUACGACUUCCUGUAUCCAUGGGGCCGGUGCCAAGGUGACCGCCAGAGGGAGAAGAUCCAGGACUUGCAGCUGGCCUUGGACAGGAUGAGGAGCCCCAUCACGCGCGAGUGGAGGGAGGUCACCGGCGCCCUCAUCUGCAUGAGCUGCGCGGGCCUGCUUCACGCCUCGGCCUUCUCCGAGACGUCCGUCCUGUAGAGCGAGCGCGGGUUCGGGUCUUCUCCCGGGGGUCUGCCCACUCCGUGCCAAAGCCGGCACAAACGGAGUACCUUCAUGCGUCCGAUGAGCCAAAUCCGCUCCUACUAAGCACCUUAUCUUAAUGACAUUCUAUGGUAACAAAUGCGUAUUUUAAAAGAAUAAAAAUAUUGUGUAGCGUAGCGCUGUGCUUGUUUUUUGCCAAGUGUGUUGAGCGACAUGGUUGGUUGGAUGUUCUGCUCGGUGAUGAUUGCAGAGUGUAAGGACGUUCAGGGUGACCUCACCCACCCCAGGAAGGAUCCCAACAAAUGCAAACACUGUGUUAGCCUGUAUAUAUAGUCAUAUACAUCAUCAUAAUUGAAAGAGACCCUACAGAGAGUCUAACCUUUCCUCUAUGGUAUGUUGCUUUGGAUGAAA